AAGGCUCCACAGAGGGACGAGGGACUAUGGUCAUGUGUUCUGUUGAGGAACUGGCUCUGGAGCACUACAGAACGCUUGGUUUUGAUCAAGGUAUUCACGGAGAAGGCUCUACAUUUUCUAGCCUUUUUGGACUCCUCAUGUGGGACAUCAUCUUUAUCGAUGGGGUUCCUGAUGUCUUCCGAAACCCCUACCAGACUUGUCCUUUGGACUUGCACACUGAUUGUUUCUAUGGUAACCGGCGGGAAGCCAUCGAGGCGCGUGCUGAGAUGUUACGCGAGGCAUCUGCCGAGACGCUGCAGGAGCUGCUCGCUGAUGUGUGGAACGCACAGGAGGGGCGAGUGUGUGCGCUGAUAAACUGGGAGCGUUUCUCCUCGCUUCAACAGGCACAGAGUCUAGUUGCAUGUCUGGGUGGCCACUUCCUGAGCGGUGUGGUCCUCAGAAUGGCAAAGGACUACAGGCAUUGCAGAGGAGGUCUUCCAGAUCUGGUAGUCUGGAGCACAUACAACAAGAAGGUCAAGUUGGUGGAAGUUAAGGGUCCUAAUGACCGUCUGUCCCAGAAGCAACAGAUCUGGCUGGAUGAGCUGCAUAAGCUUGGGGCCGAUGUAGAAGUUUGUCAUGUCACUGCCACUGGAGCACGAGGGGCUCGACGGGAAUGAGGCUGGUGUCACACUGAGAGUGAAGACUUAAACUCACCGAACAGGCAGAGUUAGUACUGUUUGAAAGACAAUGGAUUGAUUUAAAGAUGGUAUUAACACCUCACCAUGGCACUAAUCUGGUGAUUUAAAGAAGAGCAUUAAUAUGCCCUCUAAUUGAGUUUAAAAUGAUUUAUUCUCCCAAUCGGUGUCAUAAAACUGUUAAAUUACCUCAUGUUGUUUUUUUUAUUAUUUUUUGUAUUCUUGUGCUCAUUGUAAAGUGACUAUUUUAACAGCUGAUUAAAAAAACAUUUCUGAAGUAAAUACUUUGAAGACAUUAAAUAAAAACAUCAAUACUUAAA